AUGAUUUUCGAGGCCAUAGAAGACUACAACGACAUAGGCUGUCUUUGCGUUACCAAUGCGACACUUUGGACGAUUGGAUACAAACAUUGUCGACGCAUGUUACAGAGACUGACAAGCUGGCAACAAGAUCGUAUCCUUUGUCUCGGAGACGAAAGUUGGGACGUACCCGACGGCCUCCUCACACACGAAGAAGGGCAAGAAGUUCAAGAAUAUGCAAUCUCCAGAAGCUCAUAUGACGAUCCCGACUGCGUGGAGCUCAGCUUCGUUGCAGUCGAUCUUUAUGAGCAGGAGGGUCUUUCCGAUAUGCGGAGUAUAUCUCAAGGAAUAUCUGGCCCACAUGGGCUCCGUCGAUAUUUGGAACAGGAGGCUUUACGACUGCUCUUCAAACCUGUUUACUUCCAUGACAAACUAUGGGUGCUUUGUAACCUGUCCAAGCGGGAAUUUCCGCAUCUGCUGGUCAAGCCGUUGCUCCCAGACAAGAAUAUCCAUCGUGGCGUAUGGGCCGGCGAUCAAUUCACCAUUGUGAUGGCGGAGGAACUUGAGGAACGUUUCGGAGACGAAGAGCCGUGGAAGGACGUCUCGGAGGAAAUUGUGAAGGAUUGA